AUGCCGGCCUUAAAAGCUGGAAGCCGGCCACCAUGGGUGGGUAUUGCCGCCGCUGUUUGGGUUCAGAUGGCCUCCGGCAACGCCUAUGCAUUCCCUCUUUACUCUCACACUCUGAAAUCUGUACUGGGUCUCUCUCAGCAACAGCUUACCAUUCUCGGUGUUGCUAAUGAUAUCGGAGAAAAUGUUGGUAUACUUCCUGGCAUUGCAUCUAACAAGCAUCCACCGUGGGUUGUUCUUUUGGUCGGUGUUCUUGCUUCUUUCUUCGGUUAUGGUGUCAUUUGGCUUGCUAUCACUGAGACUGUUCACAACAUACCUUACUGGGUUAAAACUAUGAUUCUUGACCUUAUCUUGGCUGCAUGUGUUCCUGCUUAG